GUUGCCAGGAGGUCUGACAGCCAGGCCAACUGCCCUGCGUGUGGACCGCGGCCCGAGAAUAGCAGCCCUGAGGCCCCGGGCGCAGUGUCCCCACGGCCGGCCAGUGGUCAGGACGCCCUUCCACCUGGUGCGCUCCUCAGGGGUCAGUGUCCUGUGAGGCUCAUUAUGAAGAGGUGUCUGGCUCUGAUCAGCCUGACCUUCCUGUCCGUGCUCCGAGCUGGGCGUCCUCAGCAGACGGCGGACGACGCCUGCUCCGUACAAAUUCUUGUCCCCGGCCUCAAAGGGGAUGCUGGCGAGAAGGGGGACAAGGGCGCACCAGGACGGCCUGGAAGAGUCGGCCCCACGGGAGAGAAAGGAGACGUGGGUGACAAAGGACAGAAAGGCGUUGUGGGCCGCCAUGGAAAAAUUGGUCCCAUUGGUUCUAAAGGUGAAAAGGGAGAUUCUGGUGACAUAGGACCCCCUGGCCCCAAUGGAGAACCAGGCAUCCCGUGUGAGUGCAGCCAGCUGAGGAAGGCCAUCGGGGAGAUGGACAACCAGGUCACCCAGCUGACGGCAGAGUUAAAGUUCAUCAAGAACGCUGUUGCCGGCGUGCGCGAGACGGAUCAGAAGAUCUACCUGCUGGUGAAGGAGGAGAAGCGCUACGUGGACGCGCAGCUGGCCUGCCAGGGCCGCGGCGGCACCCUGGGCAUGCCCAAGGACGAGGCCGCCAACGGCCUGCUGGCCGCCUACAUCGCGCAGGCCGGCCUGGCGCGCGUCUUCAUCGGCAUCAACGACCUGGAGAGGGAGGGCACCUUCGUGUACGCGGACCGCUCGCCCAUGCAGACCUUCAACAAGUGGCGCAGCGGGGAGCCCAACAACGCCUACGACGAGGAGGACUGCGUGGAGAUGGUGGCGUCCGGGGGCUGGAACGACGUGGCCUGCCACCUCACCAUGCACUUCCUGUGCGAGUUCGACAAGGAGCACGUGUAGCCGAGGCCCUGCCUCGGCAGCGCUGGCAGGUGGCAGCCCCCAUCCCCAGGCGGCGGCCACCAGCCGUCCUCGCGGUCGGGGGAGGGGCUUCCCGCCGGCACUGUCCCCCGGCAGGGGUGCGGGUUUCCCAGUACAGGCUCCGUUUCUGAACCUUAGAGAACGGUGCAGGCUUAGGUGAAAAAAACAGUGUUUCUGGGUGUUAUUUCUGAAGACCUGAAGCUUUAUUACUCGUACUGACGCCCGGAUGUCCGUUAUGUAAGCGUUCCUCAGCCCUGCCCGCGGCCGCGUCCCAGGCGGGAAGCGGAGCCUCCGACCUUCGCCCCACAGAAGCGCAGACGCGCGGCGGGCUCUUACGCUACUUUCCUCCUUUUCAUUUCCGUAUGGAAAAGAGUCCUUUUAACUUCGGUCUGUGUUUCUUUAAAUUACAUUAAGUCACACGUUCCUUUUCACUGUUAACCAACUAGAAACAAUUUUGCUUUGCCGCAAACCCGGAGUUCAGGGAAAA